UAUAUACUGAAUAAAGCCAGCGAAAGCUCAUUAUUCACUGCUUGACUUCAUGAUGACCAUCAUCUCUCUGCUCCUGCUGGCCUCUCUGCUGCCACACCUGACCUUCACUGCUCGUGUGAAUGUGGGUAUCGUGAACGGCAGGGAAGCAAAACCCCACUCCAGACCUUACAUGGUGUCUGUUCAAGUAAAGAAGCAACAUAUCUGCGGUGGAUUCCUCAUCUCUGAUACAUUUGUCAUGACUGCUGCACAUUGUCGAAACAAAACUCUAAAUCUGACGGUUGUGCUAGGUGCACAUGACCUAAAAAAGAGUGAGAAUUCAGUCCGAUACACAGUGGUUUCAUACCAUCAGCAUCCAGACUACACCAUGGGAUCCUUUCAUAAUGACAUCCUGCUUUUGAAGAUAGAAAAAUUAAGACUAAACGACAAGAUCAAGUCGAUAUCCAUACCAGAAAAAGGAAGUGAUAUCGAAGCAGGUUCAGUUUGCAGUGUCGCAGGCUGGGGACGUACUGAAACUAAAGUCAAGGGAAGCGAUGUCCUCAUGGAGACAGAUGUGAAGGUCAUAAAUAACAUGGAAUGUGAAAGUAAAUGGGGGAAGAAACACUUUUCAACUUCACAGAUGAUGUGUGUUCAUGGAGAUGGAGGAAGCUGUGAUGGGGAUUCAGGAGGUCCUUUGGUUUGUGGAGACAGUGCAGUUGGUGUCACAUCUUUUGGUCACCCUGAUCUCUGUAAUUCCCUUGAGAAACCUGAAGUUUAUAUUAAGAUUUCAGCAUAUCUUCCAUGGAUAAAGAGCAUAAUUGGAAAUGUCAAAUGAAUCUUGCAAAU